GCCCGGCACGCGAAACCCACUCACCCAUUCGCACUGCCGCCUCCGCGCGCUCACACCGCCGCACCUCCUCGCCGUUUCCGCGUUUCCUCCCACAACGGCGACCCCGAUGCCACGGCCGGAUGCCAAAACCGGCAACCCGGAGCGCGCGCCGUCGAAAUAUAAGGAUGCCCCGUUUCCCUAGCCCUAGCCCCAGCCCGCGCCUCCUCCGACCCUCACCCGCCGCCGUCUCUCGAAACCCUACCCCACUCCGGCGGAUAGAUCCGGCACGUCCUGCCCUCUCCGCCGCCAGUCGCCAGAGAUGGCCGCCCGCAACUCAUCCGCGUUCGCCUCCGACCCGGUCCACCAGGCUGCCAUGGCCGUCCCCAAGUCGCCCGUGCUAGCCGCCGACCCGCUCCACCAGGCCGCCGAGUCGGGGGGGAUUGACGGCGUUCCUGGAGCGCUCCCGACCGAGCAAGGGGUGCCCCCCCCGCCGCUGCAAGGCACGCCUGUGAUGAAGACGGCCCCGCAGCAGGGCGCCUACAUGGCGGCGCAGACGCCCCCGCAAGGCUCCCCCGUGACGCAUCCGGUGAUGCAAGGGGCAAACACGGUGGUGCCGAUUUCCCUGCGGGAGCCGGUCAUUACCGUGCCCCCGCAAGGCAGACCUGUGAUGGCACCUCUGCCUUUCCCUGCCGUUCCUCCAUCCUUCAUCCAUGAUGCCGGAUACAUGAUGGGGCAAUCACUGUUGCCGGCCGGCCCUCAACCCAUGGCGGGGCUGCAGCCUCCACCUGCCGGAUACAUGAUGGGGCACCCGCUGUUGCGUGCAAACCCUUUACCGAUGACGGUGCUGCAUCUCCCACAGGCCGUACACAUGAUGGCACGGCCGCCUUUGCCCGCUGGCCCCCCUCCUCUCAAGCGUCACCGCCCUGACUACUUCGACAUGCCUUUUGGACCGCGGAUGACUGGUUGUGAGCAGGAAAUGGCUGGAUUUGAUGAAUCAAUGGGACUGCCUUAUGGGCCUUACAUAAACAAUGAGAUGCCUUCUAUUGGUUCUUAUGAACCAUAUCUUCCUUCAGACGCAUCAAACACCCUACAUGUUGAAGGUUUCCCGCCCAACUGUACUAGACGGGAACUUGCACAUAUAUUUCGCCCUUUUACUGGGUUCUGUGCAGUAAGGCUGGUCAACACAGGAUAUAAUAGUCGACAUGUAAUAGCUUAUGCUGACUUUGAAACUCCUGCCCAAGCCUUCUCUGCCAUGAAGUCUCUGCAAGGCUAUUUGUUUGACAUGCAUGACCGAUACUCAGUCAAAUUGGACCUCCAGUUCCUUCCUGGUCCGUCCAAGUCAAUGCAGGUUGUGAGGAAUGGCCUGACAUGAAUGAGCCUACCCAGUCUUAUCUUGUGUAACUUAACAGUUGAAGUAGUAAUAAUUGCAGCAGGUCUGCUGCCUUUUGUAGUUCUGUAUGCUAAUGGGAAACCAUAAGAUGAAGGCCCUUGUGUUUUGCUGAGCACUGUCUACAAGGCGGACCUGUGUUGCACUGCUGCUGCUCCAUCCAUGAUAGCGGAUCUGUCUUCGUACAAUUGCACUUCAGUCAAUGAUGUUGCAUCAGCCUCUACAGGCCGGAUACAUGAUGGGACAACCAUUACCUCCACUCCCCCCCCCCCCCCCCCCCCCCCCCCCCCCCCCCCCCCCCCCCCCCCCCCCCCAUCCACUCAAAGCGUCAACGUCCUGCCUUUGGGUUGUGCUUGUUUACUGCUCAUUUCUCUGCCUAUGUAGGCAGAUUAAUUUUUUGUUUUGUUCCUUGAGAUUCAUAUAGAAGUGCAAGGGACAACGGUAACAGAUGUGGUAGUUUAGCAUAGAUAAAUGGAAUAGUAUCUGAUUUUGUUGAUGCUUAUGUUAGUAGUUUAUACAAUAGAUUUUCUUGAUGCUUAUGGUUGUAGCUUAUGCAAUUGUCUGUUUGUUGGCUUUGUGUACGCCUAGGCUUUUUGUUAUGUCUACAAAAACAUGGGGCUACAGUAGCAGUAUAGCCCUAUCUUCAAAUAUUUUUCUGGGAAGCUUAAUAGUCAACCCUAUGGUUGUUUUCUAGCUUAACAGGGAUAUUUGAGAUAUUGUUGAUUGUUAGAUUUUUUUAGCUGUUUUUGAGCAUCACUACAUUAGGUUUUGUAGACUAAUACAUGUUUGGAUUUGUUAACGAGAAUAUAGAACAGAAGCAUGGCAGAUUAUUGUUUCCUUAGCCUAAGUUUUUCUGUUAAAGCUUUGAGGCAAUCCUAUGACAGUUAUAGGAUGGAGUUCUGGUGUUCUUUUCUACAGUGCUGGUAGCAGUUUGACCUUUGGGGUUAGUGUCGUCUAGUUUUUGCUUAAAACAUUACCACACAGCUGUCAGCACAUAUUUCUACUGUUCUAAAGAGCUUUGAAAUGGAUCUAUUAUGAUCAACUAUAUUGUAAAUUGGAAAAAAUUGGAUUCGUGCCAUUUUGGCAUUAGUUUGAUAUUUGUUGUCAAGCUGCAUGAUAAGUUAAAUAAAUCACCAUCUCCUCAAUUGAGAACUUGGGAUUUUCUUAUCUCAAAAAGGCCCUUAUAUUUAUCAGUAUGUAUGAAUAUCUUUUAGUGAGUGUUGCGAGAAAUCAGCGGUCAUAUCGGAUCUUGAUCCCUUUACAGUCUUGUUGGUCCAAAAAAAAUAUAUCUUGAUUUGGCUGAAACUGCCGGCGUUCCAUGUCAUCUAGUGUUGUCAAAGAAAUCGUCAAGAAUGUUGCUUCUUCAAAAGUGGAAGCACCACUUUUUUUAGGUGCAUUGUUGCCAUGCAUUAUAAAAAUGGCAGGUAUGCGAGGAUAAACAAUGGUAGGAUGUGGUUCAUGCACUUUGCGCUCAAAUAUUUUUUGUUUUUGAAACUGAAUAGUUUGUGCAAAAAUUUGAUCAAUAAGCUGGUCUGUUCAACCAACUUAAAUGUAUUAUUCCCAUGCAUUAUUUUCAAUGUUUUUCAUGGCAUUCAUAAAUUUAAAUGUACCAUUGGAACAAUCAAUUGACAUUAUGUUUACCUCAUGUCAGGCAUCAAGGUCAAGAUCAUAUUUCUCUGAAAUGCGUUGAAAGGAUUCUGACGAUAUUGUCGUUGGUGAUGUUAGAGUCGCUGAAGAGUUAAUUGCGUUAGACAUUGCUAUUCACCCAAGAUAUGAAAAGCAAAUGAGACCACAUCAGUUGGCAGGCAUGUAUUACCGCAGAAAAAGGAAGAUUUCCAACCCCAUCAAUAAUCUUUCACUUACUGCAAAUACCAUUCGCAGUUCUGGAUGUGGCAGUGUUACCGAGGAGUGGGACAGCUUGUAUGCUCAGAAGGUCCAAUUGUUAACUUUCCUUUCUACUCUGCCCGAGCCCGUUCUGAGUUAUGGGCCGAGUGUUAAAACUAAUAUGGCCAAUUCUAUUGAGCACAGAGAACAGAAAAAGAGUGACAUAAUAGUUCUUGAUUCGGAUGAUGAUGAUGAAAGCACAGGAGCACACAAAUGACUGACGCCUGAGAAAAACAACAGCUCACACCUGAGAAAAUAAACAGCUGAUACCAUCAGAACAGGCUGGUGCUCAUGAGAGGUAACCGAAGAAAUUGAUGAAGUAAAUGAGACAAUGCAUGCUAGAGAUCAAAACAGUCAAAUUGUUCCAUAUAGUCCAAGUGCAACUUCAAUGAAUCAGUAUCCUUCGGCCAGCUAUCAACCAUCAGCAGUUCUGUUUGAGAGAGUUAUAUUGCAGAAAAGACCUGAGGAGGAACGUAUCCAUGAUCUGGCUCUCGACACACUUGAAGAGGCAGCCAAUGAGAAAGAGGUGAACAAUGUCUGCAAUCAUGAAAUACAGAUUCAUGAAGAUCUGGGCCAUGUAUGCCGUGUCCGCGAUAUGAUUGUGAAAAGGCCUGACACAAUCAUUGAUUAUCAGUGGAAAAAGCUGAUACCAUCAGAACAGGCUGGUGCUCUCAUGAGAGUGGUAAUUGAAGGAAUCAAUGAAGUAAAUGAGACAAUGCAUGAUAGAGACCAAAACAGUCAAAUUGUUCCAUAUAGUCCAAGUCCAACUUUAAUGAAUCAGUAUCCUUCGGCCAGCUAUCAACCAUUAUCAACAUUUCUGUUUGAGAGAUUUAUAUUGCAGAAAAGACCUGAGGAACGUAUCCAUGAUCUGGCUGUUGCUACCCAUAAGGAGAAAAUAGCAGAAACACAAGUUUCCCCUCCACUUCCUAAGGAGAAAAAAGAAAACGAAAAGUUGAUCCAAGGUCCCAAGUAGAUGGGGAUGUUGAAAUUGUGCCAAGAAAAGAAAAAGAAAAAAUGAAGCAAAUCCAGCAGUAUUUGAUUUGCCCUCAGAACCUUACAAUCCUGUGGGGUAAGACGUGCCUAUGGAGGAAGAUGAGCCUAUGGGGGAAGAUGAGCCUAUGGGGGAAGAACAUAUACAAGAAAAGGAAAGUGAUGGUCUUGAAGAAUUUUGGAAUGAGUACUCAGUGGCACUUGAAAGCUCUAAGCUCGACACACUUGAAGAGGCAGCCAACGAGAAAGAGGUGAACAACGUCUGCAAUCAUGAAAUACAGAUUCAUGAAGAUCUGGGCCAUGUAUGCCGUGUCUGCGGUAUGAUUGUGAGAGAAGGGCUGACACAAUCAUUGAUUAUCGAUGGAGAAAGACAUCAAGGUGAAGAUCAUAUUUCCCUGAAAUGCGUUGAAAGGAUUCUGAUGAGAUUGUCACUGGUGAUGUUAGAAUCGUUGAAGAACUGAAUGCGUUAGACAUUGUUAUUCAUCCAAGACAUGAAAAGCAAAUAAGACCACAUCAGUUGGCAGGUUUCCACUUUCUGGUUAAGAAUUUAGUCUCUGACAAACCAGGAGGUUGCAUUCUAGCUCAUGCCCCUGGUUCGGGGAAAACAUUUAUGCUGGUUAGUUUUUUUCAGAGCUUCUUGGCAAAGUAUCCCUCUGGAAGGCCUCUCGUUGUACUCCCUAAAGGCAUAUGUUGGAAAUCCUUAACGCUUGGCAAACCAAUAGGAGUAUCCUCUUGGUUGGAUACACCCAGUUCUCUUGGAUCAUUAAUAGUGAUGGGUGUGUCACCAUCGCAGCUGCAUGCUGGGACAUGUUGCUUAUGGUUCCUAACCUACUUAUAAUCACUGCACAGAGUACAUACUCCACGUAAUUGGUCCUUACACUUUUCCAGAAUCACGUCGCAGAAGUGUUCAACAUCUUGAACCUUUUGUGCCCAAAAUUUCUCAAGAUAGUAGCAUAUAUCCUAUUGUUGAUAAUGAAUCAAGUAUCAAUAUCAGGUCGCAGGAUUUGAAAAGGGGUCACUAAUAAAUUCACUGAGUCAGUAGAAGAGGCCCUACUGCAUGAUGAUAACUAAACAAGAAAAGCACAUGUCAUUACAGUCUCAGAGAACUAACAAAAGGCGUGCUUCACUACUACAAGGGUGAUAUCUUGGAUGAACUACCUGACCUAGUAGACUUCAGUGUCAGAAAUCAUUCAUAAGUUGGAAGACUAUAAGAAGUAAAAAAAACCGUAGUAGGAACUGCCCUGUACAUGCAUCCAUGUCUGUCAGAAAUAUUAGAAGUUGAUGCUGCAGAUAGGGCUUUCAGCUUGAUAGAUGUAACUGUUGAUAGUCUGGUCCGGUCUAUCAACGUGGCCGACGGUGUGAAGGCCAGCCUUUUCACCAAUAUCCUGGCACUUGUGGAAUCUGCGGUAGAGAAGGUCAUUGCAUUUAGUCAGUACAUUACUUCCCAUGAAUUUUUUGAAAAGUCUAUUGGUUAAGACAAGUGGCUGGCAAGUAUUAGAGUUCUUUGUGAUCCGCGGUAAUAAUAAAUCUACUUCAGAAGGUAGAGAACUGACAAUGGAUCAGUUUAACAACUCUAUUGAUGCAGAAGUCUUGUUUGGCUCUACCAAGGCAUGCGGGGAGGGCAUCUCCCUGGUGGGCACAUCAAGAGUCGUCAUUCUAGAUGUUCACUUGAACCCCUCUGUUACCUGUCAAGCAAUCAGGCUGGCGUACUGGCCUGGGCAGCAAAAGAAAGUGUUGGCUCGUAGCAGCUGAUUCUCUGGAGAACACCUAUGAAAACUGCAUUCAAGAAGGUGAUACCAAAGCUUUGGUUUGAAUGGAGCGAGCAGUGCUGCACAUCGGAGGACUUCCAGCUGAACGAAGUUGAUAUCAACAACAGGGGGGAUGAGCUGCGGGACAACAGGACGAUGUGCUAGGACAUCAAGGCUUUUUGUAUGCAAGGUGAAGGCAGGCUGGCUGUUGUACGUACACCAUGUAUAUAUGGCUUUCCGAUUGUUCCAGAUUGUCAUUGUUGUCAAGUAAGGCUCCUCUAGAACCAAAAGAAAGAGGAAACAUACUUGACUUGGUACAUCUUUACAGAUACCUUAUAUUGGUUCUUAUGGGCCUUCUCUUCCUUCAGAUGCAUCAAACACUCUACAUGUUGAAAGUCUCCCAUCCAACUGUACUAGACAGGAGCUUGCACGUAUCCCUUUAUGCAUAUGAUUCUCUUGCUAUUUUUUUUGUCAUUUUGUUCAUAACUAAACAAUAUUUUAUGUUUAUGUCCUUACCAA